UACUUGAAACUUGCCGACCAUUUUGUUUUCUCGCCUGGUGGUGAUAAUAGAAACAACUACGCGAACGUCGAAGAAAUUGUCAACCAUGCAGUGGAGAAAGGGGUCGAUGCUGUCUGGGCAGGAUGGGGUCAUGCUUCGGAAAAUCCUGAGUUGCCGAAACAGUUGGCAGCUAGAGGCAUCGUCUUCAUUGGACCGCCCUGUAGUGCUAUGUUCUCCUUGGGUGAUAAAAUUGCGUCUACUAUAAUAGCGCAGACUUUGGACAUUCCUACAAUAGAAUGGUCUGGUAGCGGACUGAGGCUGGAUUUGAGCGAAAGGAAAGAAGGGGAGCAUGUCACUGUCACCCAGGACCUCUUCGACCAAGCCACUGUCUCCGAUCUCUUCGAAGGAUUGCGGGCACUCGAAGAACACAAAAUAGGGUACCCACUUAUGAUCAAAGCCUCCGAAGGCGGUGGUGGAAAAGGUAUCAGGAAAUGCAAGAACGAGGCGGAUUUCAAAGAGAACUUUGUUCAAGAUAUGAUAAAACGUAUUCCGGCUUCACUCGUGACUGUUCUAUCAGUCGAGAUGUCCAGAAGAUUAUUUGAGGAGGCUCCGCAUAUCGCUUCCCCAAGGAAACUCUUAGGAGAUGCAGGAGGCAUGCGGUUUAAAUAUUGGCCUCAAACUAGUUGUAUAAUCGCUGUACUUUGUGGCAUACCAUUACCUUCCACAGGACAAAUAUCUCUCCUUGAACCAACGCCGAGACUUCAGGUCGAGCAUCCUUGCACCGAAAUGCUGGCCAGCAUCAACAUUCCUGCCAUUCAAAUGCAGAUCGCAAUGGGUCUUCCACUGAAUAGGAUUACUGAUAUUCGACUGUUUUAUGGACUGGAUAGGUAUGGCACUACUCCACUUCCCGGACGAAAUUGUUUUAACGGAUACUGA